UGCAGCGAAACGGCUCCAUUUUUUUUUUUUUUUAAAUCUUGUGGCUUCUUGUGGGUUUGAAAGCUGUUCCAACCUGAAUCUGACUCAUGUUUAAAGGACAGUUAGUGAUUAACUGGGCUGGAUAAGGAUUGUUGGUUGCAGCAGCUGCACAGAUACCGGGCGGAUCGAGCCUCUCUGACCGCCUCAGCAUGCUCUGUGUCCGGGUCUGGACACGCUGUGGCGUCCGGUACCGACCGUGGAGACGAAACGCGAGCCACGUGGGCGCCGCCAGGCUGGAUCUCAGCGGUAUUUACCCCCCCAUUGCCACUCCGUUCACCGCCAAGGAGGACGUAGACUACCAGAAGCUGGAGGAGAACCUGCAGAAAUAUGACAAGAUACCCUUUAAAGGUCUGGUGGUUCAAGGCUCCAACGGUGAGUAUCCCUACCUGACGGAGGAGGAGCGAGUGGAGGUGGUGAAGGAGGUCAGACGAUCCCUGCCGCUGGGGAAGCUGCUGCUGGCUGGAUCAGGCUGUGAAUCCACCAGAGCCACCGUCCAGCUCACAGCCAAGAUGGCGGCAGCCGGAGCGGACGCCGUCCUCGUGGUGAACCCGUGCUUCUACAAGGGCAAGAUGGACAGCCGGGCGCUCAUUCAUCACUUCACAAAGGUGGCAGACAGCAGCCCGGUGCCAGUGGUUCUGUACAGCGUCCCGGCCAACACGGGCCUGGACCUGCCGGUGGACGCUGUGGUGGCGCUGUCUCAGCACCCAAACAUCCUGGGCCUCAAGGACAGCGGAGGAGACAUCACACGGAUUGGCCUGAUUGUUCACAAAACCAAGGCGCAGGAUUUCCAGGUUUUAGCGGGCUCAGCGGGGUUUCUGAUGGCUGCUUAUUGUGUUGGUGCUGUCGGUGGAGUGUGUGCGCUGGCUAACGUUCUGGGCCAGGAGCUGUGUGAAUUGGAGCGUCUGUGUCGGUCUGGGCGCUGGGAGGAAGCCAAAGUCCUGCAGCAGCGGCUCAUCGAACCCAACGCAGCCGUGACCAGAAAAUUGGGAGUUCCUGCCCUGAAGCAGGCGAUGGAGUGGUUUGGUUACCACGGCGGCGCCUGCCGGUCUCCUCUACAGCCGCUCACAGAGGCAGAGACUCAGCUGCUGAGGCGGGACUUCUCCACCAAUGGAUGGCUGUGACGGGGAGGUGGGCGGAGCCUGUGUGCAUGGGGCGGGCGUCGCAUGGGCAAGUGGAUGUUUCAUCUGUGUGAGUCUGGGUGGGAAUCGAAACGGCAAUAAAUAAAAUUUGAUCACACAGAUAC